AUGGGCUCUUCACGCCAACCACAUCCGUGGGCGCCGCCGCCUUCCGUCUUCCGCCAGGCACAGCUGGCGCCACGAGGUCAAGACGAACGGCGAGAUGACAAGGUGACGGGACCAAAGUGGAAGAACCUCGUGGACGAACGGCAGCAGCCCAUGCCAGGCCGAGAGCGAAAACCACCCCCAGGGACUCUCCACCUUGGUGAUUCCUGGAUGAUGCCGCGGCUUCAGAUCAUUGCCAUUGCAGAAGCUGCUGGCACCCCGCUCGAAGAGCAAUGA